AUGCUCAUGCCUGCAAUGUUACUCCGCGAUGGUGUACAGAUUGAACAGUCCCACUGCGUGACCUGUGUACCCUCAAUUGUCAAUCUCAAGCCGCCUGAGCUUUCUGCUCCCCUCCCUGAGACCAAGUACAAGGUUCCGACGUGCAAAGGCGGUGCGCACGAAUACACCACCACGGCACAAGUCCCAGACGCGAAAGUCUACAAGGGCGAGGUUGAAAGACUUCAGCACCGAAAAGCUCUUCGCUUCCUGGAACUUGUGUAUGCCAAAGUCGGUCAGACGGAGAUAGUUGAGUGGCGUGGGGCGGUUGCAGCUUACAUCGACUGCGUCACUAGACGGUAUCAGGGUCGAUGCAACUCCCUCCAUACGCUAUUUUCCCCAUUGUUCAACGAAUUUGUACUGACAUUCCACAGAAAGGACGGUAAUACGCCGGCAAGCCAUUUUGAAGUAUUCACGGUGCGUGUACUCGUGGAUCACACCUCAAAUGGAGCACACCUCURCUCACCGACGUGUUCAGUAGCACCAAGCUUGGUGACAAGAAGGUCAUUCAGAACAAGGCGAAGAUUCGCAUAUACCUUGAUUCCCGAUCUUACUCCGCUGUCGCCCUCCUUCUUGAUACCACAGACAGCACAUAUCUUUCUGGAGAAGGCAUGCGGGCUACGUUUCAAGCCGCUGCCGUCUGCGCCGACGAGAUCAACGCCGCCAUGA